UACUACUUGUAGGAUCACUUUGUAGUUGAGAGAAUGGAUCUACUACUUGUAUGAUCACUUUGUCUUACGAAUCAGCAACCACUAUCUGUUUUUUUUAUUCUCAGAUAUACCCUUUUUAUUCUUGUAAUGGCAGAAAAUGAGGCAGACGUUGGUCGCUGGGUAGUACGAUUAGCGAAUUCUUUCUCAACGUAGGGUAAGUUUAGGGAAUCAUAGAAAUUUUCCCUUUAAAUUGUCAUCCGACUCCCGCAUGUAUAAUCAAAAUGGCGGAGUCAUUGUUGGUUUUCUCCAAGUCUAUUCAUCUGCAUACCCAUGCCGCGACUUUGGUUUCAGCUCCUCACCGAUCGUCCUGCGAUCAUAUCUCGUUCGGUUGUUUGAAACAUUACAGAUCUUCCAGUAGCAUCCUGCUGCACCGCAAAACUUGCCCCAAGCAGCAGCGUCGUCCCAGUGAGGCUAUUAGGGUUAUCGCGGGCUCUGAUGUCACGUCAUUGAUCCCUGAAAAAGCGAAAGAGGAAUUUGAGUUUCCCCUGGAUUCGAGCGGUGGAGAUGGUUUUGGUGGCAGUGGUGGCGGUGGUGGUGGUGGCGGUGGCGACGGUGGUGGUGGAGAUGACGAGAACAGAAACGGCCGUGAAGGCAAUAAUGACGAUGGGGUAGGGGAUUCCAACGGAAAUGAUAAUAACACGAUGGCCAUGCUAAUGUCCCAGAAACUGACACUCGUGUAUGCUGCUUUGGUUGGAGGUUUUCAAGCAAAGCUAUCGUAUAAAGAAAAAAAUGAGUGUCAUAGUGCACGAGGUUUCCACUACCGCAAGGUCUGGGAGGGGCAAAUGUACGCAGCCUUACAAACCCCACUUCGCGUUGGUGGAGUCAUCGGCUAUUUAAAGCGGGGCAGCCAGAAGUCACUAGCUGCAGGGGGUUUGGCUGUCUUGCUACUGUACUAUGUAUAUACAGAGCUUCCUGUUAGACCAGCCUUUGCAUCGUCCCUUGGGCUUGGCUUGUCUGCGGUGCUUCUGGGCGUGAUGGGGUCUCGCUUCAAGAAGUCCGGAAAAAUAUUCCCCGCAGGGGUUGUAUCACUUGUGUCCCUUAUAAUGGCAGGCGGCUAUCUCCAUGGGUUUCUGCGUAGUGUGCAUGUAUAAUACUCGGGCUGUUCAAAAUUUCAAUCACUUCCGUGAGUCGACCUAAACCAUUUCUGUGCAGUGACAGCAGUCUGCUUCGUUUUCUUGUAAUAUUCAAAUUUUGGAAUUUGACUCCCUGGCUUUUAUUUUAUUUUUCAUAAGAACUGAAUUGUUACCAAGUUGUCAUUUGGUUAGUUAAACUUUAUUGGGAACAA